UAAUUGCAUCACAGCAGGCUAUGUACGAUCACAUGACCACAGAUCCUAAACAUGCAACAUUAAGCACAUUGAAGUUCACAAAGUAUGCAUGUAACCAAAUCCCAGGAAUGGCUGCCAGGCUGCUGUUUACAGUGCUGUAUAAAUAGAAUUGAGGCCAUGCACCCCAUCCCCUUUGACACAAGAAAGCAGUUAUCAUGAGUUUAUCAAGCAUUUGUGCAGCCAGACACUUGUCUGCUAAGGUUUAAAUAGUGCAGUCAGGGCCAUAGCAAGGGCUUUUGGUGUAAACAAGUUGUCUUUACAGAGGAUCUCAGAAAACUGCUUCUCCAAGUUUAAGAUCAGGGAAAGAGGAACAGAGAUGGGGGGAUAGUCACAGGGGAUUUCCGUAGUGUGGCAUUUACUAAGCAACUUAAGUAGGGCAACUGAGAUAAAAAAAAUAAAAAAUAAAAAAAUAAAAACAGACAGCUACAGUGACUCUUUUAAAGCAUUUUUUUUUGAAGAAAAUGAUAUAAGGAGAAAACAUUUUCCUGAAGGGACACAAGCUCCGUCAAAGUGGAAGUCUUGCUAAGCUGGUUAACCAGCCAAGGUGGGUGCUUUGAGAUGUUUUGUGUGUACGUGGAGUGACUUACAAUAUCCUUAGUGCAAAAGUGAGCUGUGUUCUUGAAUUAAUUGUUUUUGAAUGUGAGACUAAAAGAAGGAAAAUUGAAAUAGUCAACAGACAGUUGGUCCAUUUACCCGACGGAUAGUAUUAUACUAUAGUUGAGUGAGUGAUGAAGGGAGGUGACGAUGAUGAUGAUGACGUGUGGAAUGCAUCAGCUGUUAUACUGGAUAUUGACUCAGGGUCUUGGGCAGACCGGUCCCCUCUUCAUGAUGCUGCCAGCCAAGGACGUCUGCUGGCCCUCAAGACCCUCAUUGCUCAGGGCCACAGCGUGAAUGUGCUGACAAUAGACCACAUUAGCCCUCUUCACGAGGCAUGCAUAGGGAGUCAUGUUGCCUGUGCCAGAACCCUGAUAGAUGCCGGAGCCAACGUAAAUGUGACAACUAUAGAUGGUGCGACUCCAUUGUUUCAUGCCUGCUCAGCUGGCAGUUUGGCAUGUCUAGAGCUGCUCUUGCAGAGUGACGCCAGACCACAUGCCCUGGCUAUAUUCCAGCCUUCACCCAUCCAUGAGGCAGUCAGCAUGGGUCACAGCAAGUGUGUGGAGGCGCUGGUUGCAUGGGGUGUGGAUGUGGAUUAUGAAAUCCCUCACAUGGGCACCCCUCUCCACAGUGCUUGUCGGUGUAAGGACUUCAUAUGUGCCCGCAUGCUGCUUGAUGGAGGUGCAAAUGUGCAGAAAGGGGCACAUAUGGAGACUCCUCUUCAUGCAGAAGCCCAAAAAGACUGUGUAAGCAUAGUGAAGCUCCUGCUGGAAUUUGGGGCAGAUGUAAAUGCACGCAACCUGGAGUAUAAACGGCCCGUAGAUGUUGCUCCUCCAGGGAGCCUUACAGAGGGCUUCCUAUUGAUUUAUGAAGCGACACCCCGUUCUCUACGCCAGCUGUGCCGUCAGCAAAUCAGGGAAAGUUUGGGACGUUCACGACUACAUCUUCUACAAUAUUUACCCCUCCCUAAUGCUAUGAAGAACUUUCUACAAUAUAGAUGAUCUGAUUAUGUUUAUUGGCAGCAGACCAUCUAGUCUUAAAGUAUUGUUUGCCUUAGUUAAUAAUAGUUUUAAAUAAAAGCUGUUUUACCUUUUUCCAUUUAAUAAUAAUCUUUUUUGGCCUGAUUUGACAAGAAGAUUGGUGUCCUUAAAUACUUAAAUAAUGGUACCUCAUCUUGUUUAUUUUACUUUAACUUUUUCCACUUUAAAUUAUCUAAUUCCAAUGAGUGUCCCGGCAUUGCAUGCCUUCUUACUGCAUACUGAUCAUCUAGCUAUUUAUAGGUGUUGAUACCAAAUUUAUUAUGUAAAUGCUGAAUAAAUAUUAUAAAAUGUAUAAUGCAAGUAGUGGUCCCCUGGAGUUGUUGCACUUAUUUUGAAAUAAAAAUAGCACUGAUGACA